AUGUGGCGGGUGAAAACACUGAAUGUCGGCCUGUCGCCUUCGCCGCAACCGAGAAAGCCAGCUAUGAGGACUCCUCUCCGAGAACUUAUCCUGCAGCCGGGAGCCCUCACCAACUCAAGAGUAGGACCUCCUAUGUGCUCCUCGCUGACCCCAUCACUGUGCAAUCUGGGACUGCAGGAAGACAGCAACAAUUCAUCUCCAAUGGAUUUUGUCAAUGCCAGGAGUACAAACUUUCCUUCAGAGUGUCUAGAAGCUUGUCAGCAUGAAUCAGAUGAGCAGCCCCUAGAUCCAACUCCUCAAACCAACUCUCCUCCCAAGACAUCUGAGGAAGCAUUGGACCAAAAGGAUGACUAUGUGGUUAAGACCGUGGUCCUUGUACCCUCUCCAGUGGUGCAGCAGCAAGACAUGACACUUAAGACCCAUUUAGAUGGCAUACUGGAGAAAAACAACUCUGUAAUUGAGCUUUUGAGUCCAGGGGAUCUGGUAAGAAAGGAGAUGGCACUCUGCAUGGAAGAAAACUUUUUAGAAGUUGUUGCCAGUAUGCCUGAAGAACCUACAUUUCAGGAUUUUCCAUCCCAUCCCUUGGAAUAUUCACCAAAACCCUGUUCUGAGCAGCAGUUGCACUACUCCAAGGAAAACUUGAGGGACAAGAGGACUGAAGUUGUGCCUGAGGACUUAGUACUUUCUGAAAGUAAUGCCUUCUCGCCUUCCUCCAUGCUCUGGCUUUCCCCUUCAACUGCCAUGUCAGCAGAUUUCCCCAUCAAUCAUGUGGACCCAGGGAAGGAAAUGGUAGAGCACAGAGUUAUAGAGGAAAGAAAAAUGAGCUUUCCCAUACUCCAUGAGAAGAUAGAAUUGGGAGAUAAAGCACUUAUCCCAAAUGUAGAAGAUGUUCCAUCCACAUGCCUGACAUCAAAUCCAGUAGAAAUGGAAUCCCAGGCAGCUCCAGGACCAGCAGUAGAAGAUGCUGGUCGAAUUCUCUGCUCUGAUACAGAGACUUGGAUGUCCCCAUUGGCCUGGCUAGAAAAAGGUGUAAAUACCUCAGUCAUGCUAGAAAAUCUCCGCCAAAGCUUAUCCCUUCCCUCUGUGCUUCAGGACGCUCCCAUUGGUAGUACCACCCUCUCUACUUGCUCUGUGGGGACUUGGUUUACUCCUCCAGCACCACAGGAAAAGACAACAGGCACUAAGGGCACCAAGGAUGGUACUUCAGAGACAGAGCAUCUCCUGUGGGGUUGUCCUCCAGAUCUGACUGCCUUAUCUCGACAUGACUUGGAAGAUAACCUGCUGAGCUCUCUUGGCCUCUUGGAAGUUUUUUCACGCCAGCUGCAGGCCUGGAAGAGUAGGCUGGCCAUUCCUCACCCAGAAACCCGGGAUAGUGCCACACAGACCGAAACCUCUCCUAGCAGGGUAAAUAAGAAACUUCAACAUCUUCAGGAAAGCCAGGACAUUAGACAGGCCCUGAAGCAGGCCAGGAAUGUCAUGCAAUCAUGGGUGCUAGCCUCUAAAGAGUUGAUAUCCUUGCUUCACCUGUCCCUGUUGCACGUUGAAGAAGAUAGAAUGACUAUGAGUCAGGAGUCUCAGCAUGCAAAAACCUUGGUCUCCUGCUGCUUUGAUGUGUUGAAGAAAAUGAGGCCAAAGCUCCAGAGCCUCAGUACAGAAAGGGAGGAGGCAAGGCACAGAGAGGAAAUGGCCCUCAAAGGCAAGGACGCGGCAGAGACAGUGCUGGAAGCUUUCUGUGCACAUGCCAGCCAGCGCAUCAGCCAACUGAAACAGGAUUCGACAUCCAUGCAGGAAUUCAGAGGCCUUCUGCAGGAGGCUCAGACCCAACUGGUAGGACUUCAGACAGAGCAAGAGGAGCUAGCUCAGCAGGUAGUGAGUCUGACUUCUACUUUACAACAGGACUGGACAUCUAUGCAACUAGAUUAUGGAACAUGGACAGCUUUGCUGAAUCGUUCUCAACAACUCACAGAGAAACUCACAACCAAGAGCCGGCAGGCCCUGCAAGAACGUGAUUCAGCAAUUGAGGAAAAGCAACAGGUUUCCAGAGAGCUGGAACAAGUCUCUGCCCAUUUAGAGGACUGUAAAGGCCAAAUAGAACAACUGAAGUUGGAAAACAGUCGCCUAGUUACAGAUCUCAGGGCUCAGCUGCAGAUGCUGGCUAGCACAGCCAGCCAGUUAAAAGAGCUACAGAGUCAGCAUGCCAGUUUUGCCCAGGACCUGGCAAUGAAAGAUGAGUUGCUGCACCAACUUACCCAGAGUAAUGAGAAGCAGGCUGCUCAAUGGCAAAAGGAAGAGAUGGCACUAAAGCAAAUUAAGGCAGAACUGCAGCAACAAAAGGCUGUGUUGGCCAAGGAGGUGCAGGAACUGAAGGAGACCCUGGAGUUUGCAGACCAAGAGAGUCAGGUUGCUCACCUAGAACUGGGCCAGGUCGAGUAUCAGUUAAAAACCACACUGGAAGUGCUCCGAGAACGCAGCCUGCAGUGUGAGAAUCUUAAAGACACUGUAGAGAACCUAAAGGCUCACUUGGCCAGUACCAUAGCAGAGAACCAGGAACAAGCUUUGGAGAAGGCACACCAAUAUUCCCAAGGGCUCGGGCUGCUGACUGAGCAACUACAGAGUUUGACACUUUUCCUACAGACAAAACUAAAGGAGAAGACUGAAGUAGAGACACUUCUACUGAGCACAGACUGUGCUCCCACCCAGGAAAUCCCUCCACCAAAUGAAAGUGCCUCCAUGGGAAAUAUCUCAACAGCAGUGGCAGACGAAGAGUCAGAAUCAGCUCCUGUGCCCUUGCUUGGAAGUGACAAGAGUGCUUUCACCCGAGUAACAUCAGUGGUUUCUCUUCAGCCUACAGAGACCCCAGGCCUGGAGAAAAGCCUGGCAGAAAUGAGAACUACCCUUCUUGAGCUUCAGAGCCUGUGUACUCUGCUGCAAGAAUCCAAAGAAGAAGCCAUUGAGGUUCUACAGAGAAAAAUUUGUGAUCUGCAGGGUAGACUGCAGGCCCAGGAAGAACAGCACCAGGAAUCACAGAAGGCCAAGGAAGCAGAUAUAGAGAAGCUGCACCAGGCCUUGUGCUUGCGCUACAAGAAUGAAAAGGAGCUACAGGAAGUGAUACAGAAACAGAACGAGAAGAUCCUAGAACAGAUAGACAAAAAUGGCGAGCUCAUAAGUCUCAGGGAGGAGGUGAUCCAGCUCACCCACUCACUUCGGCAUGCAGAGACAGAGACUAAAGUGCUCAAGGAGACCCUGGCAGGCCAGGUGGAUCCCACUUGUCAGCCUGUAGUCACUAACUGGAUCCAGGAGAAAGUGUGUCUCUCUCAGGAGGUGGACAAGCUGAGGUUGAUGUUCCUGGAGAUGAAAAAUGAGAAAGCAAAACUUGUGCUCAAGUACCAGAGCCAUAGAAACAUCCUAGAGGAGAACCUUCGGCGCUCUGAUACAGAGUUAAAGAAACUAGACGAUAUUGUUCAGCAUAUUUACGAGACUUUACUGUCCAUCCCAGAAGUAGUGAGGAAUUGCAAGGAGCUACAAGGAUUGCUAGAAUUUCUAAGCUAA